AUGGCUCGCACGAUUACGUUUGACAUCCCAUCGUGCUACCAGUUGGUUGAACUGAUAGGCGAAGGAGCGUACGGCACGGUGUGCUCGGCAGUUCACAAGCCGUCCGGAACAAAAGUGGCCAUCAAGAAGAUUCAGCCAUUCAGCAAGCCCAUGUUUGUAACACGGACGCUUCGAGAACUCAAAUUACUGAAACUAUUUCACAACCACGAGAACAUAAUCAGCGUUUUGGACGUGGUGCGACCCCUGUCGAUGGACAAGUUCCAGGCCGUGUAUCUGGUGCAGGAGCUGAUGGAGACAGAUCUGCACAAGGUGAUCAACGGCAGUGGGUCUCGGCUGAGCGACGACCACAUCCAGUAUUUUACAUACCAGAUCCUGCGGGCACUGAAAGCCAUCCACAGCGCGCAGGUUAUCCAUCGUGACAUCAAACCGUCCAACCUGCUGCUGAACUCCAAUUGCGAUCUCAAAGUGUGCGAUUUUGGUCUGGCGCGCUGUCUGGCCUCUAGCACGCACUCUCGUCAGAAUCUGGUUGGAUUCAUGACCGAAUACGUUGCCACACGUUGGUACAGAGCACCCGAAAUCAUGCUCACGUUUCAGGAGUACACCACUGCCAUGGACAUCUGGUCCUGCGGGUGCAUUUUAGCCGAAAUGAUUACGGGGAAGCCUCUGUUCCCCGGACGCGAUUACCACCACCAACUGUGGUUGAUUCUGGAGGCGCUGGGAACGCCGUCGUACGAGGAUUUCGAGAAUAUUAAUUCAAAGCGGGCCAAAGAGUAUAUUGCCAAUCUGCCACUACGGCAGAAACUGCCCUGGCAAGUUGUGCUUCAGACGCAGAACGUGAAUCCCCGCGCAGCGGAUUUGUUAGACAGAAUGCUCACUUUCAACCCAGACAAACGCAUCAGCGCAGCCGAUGCUCUCAGCCAUCCUUACUUGAAGGUUUACCAUGACCCAGAAGAUGAGCCGGACUACCCACCGCUGAACCUGGACGAUCCAUUCUGGAAAAUGGACAACAUUAUAAGACAGCCUUCUGAGGAAAACGAGCUUUCUAUUGACACUUUGAAGCAAAUGCUUUUUGAAGAGGUUGGGAAACCGCUACACUAG